AGCCGAGGAGGUCCCUGCGGGGCUGACUGGUGGGAAGGAGCCUGCUGCUGCAGCUCUUCCCAGUAUGGCACAGCCAAUACCAGUACAGAUCACGGUCGUGAGUGCACAGGACCUGAAAACCCUCAAAAGCAGCUUGGCUUACACGCUGGUGCGUGUGGAGUACAACGGAGCAGUGCUGGGAGACUCCUCCAAGACUCAUGUGCUGCCAGAUGGGACAGCAGAGUACGACUUCAGCAGCAGCUUUGAGUACAGCCCCGAGGGGCCCAACUCCUUGGACAUCCUGGUGCAGAAACCAGUGCUCUUGACACUGCUAGAAGUGACAUCAAAGGACAAGAAAAAACCAGACAAAAUCACUCCUCUUGCCCAAGCUGUGGUGGACCUUCUGCCUCUGCUGCAAGGAGCGCGUUCACUGAAGGUCUUAGCUCCUUUGUAUGCAGUGCCUGCCUCCCCAUCAGCGAAGCUUUGCCCUGAGGCCACGGCUGGCCUUGAAGUGAUAGUGAGCACCAGAGAGCUCCUGCUCUCUGCCACCGACUUCUCAAGUGGGAACCUCCUGAGUGUCACUGUGGAGGCAGCUUAUUCUGUUCCUGAUGCCUUUACUGCUGACAGCCAGCAAAACUACAUGGUUUGCUUGCAAGUGCCAGCAGCUGCUGAGAAAGAAUUGCCAUUGCUCUUCAAGAAUGGCCUCCUGAAGGCUGGUGGUGAAAAAGAACCAUUUCCCCGGCCCAAAAACUGGCCUGUUGGCCCCAUCCUGGCCCCUAAUGCUCUGAACAUACCUGACUCCUUCAUUGUUGGUGGGCCCUAUGAGGAUGAGGAUGGAGACCUCAACAAAAGUGAGGACAAGGAGUUCAGGACCCAGGCAGAGAGCUCCAGGAGGGUCGUGUGGGACAUGGAGACACGCUGUUUCCUGGAUGCUGAUGCUGUGGCCGUCCUGCAGAUGCGCAUUGCCGAGCGCCGCCACUGGCCCGUGGAGCUCUGCAGGAUGUCCACAGGUGGCAAGGGGAAAGGCAACAAACCUGACAAGAAAGAUGAGGACAAGCCGAUUGCCUUCCAUGGGGUGGCAUAUGUCAACAUGAUGCAUUUGCUGUGCCCUGGGGUGACGCAGAUCCGAGGGGCCUUCCGUGUCUUCAACUACGAGGACAGUGAGGUGUUUGAGAAGACCAGAGUUCAGUACAGUAUUUUCCGGGACCGCAGGUCACAGCUCAGUCUGGGCAAGGAAAGGCUGGGGACCUCUCCCUCCAGCAAAGCUGCUACCAACAAGCCUCUGAAGGAAGAUUCCAAUGCCAUGCUCUACAGCGAGGCAGGAACGUUCCUGGUGAUGGAGAUAAAGCUGGACAGGCCCUUGGUCCCAAAGCGGCUGCGGGAGGAGCUGGCCCAGCGGGUGCAGGAGCUGAUUCCUCCCCGCCCUGCGCUGGCCCCACGGACAGAAGGAGCCAAGAAGGUGGUGGAAGAUUAUCACAAACGUGUCACCAGUGUUGCUGUUGCCAUCCUGAGGGAGUACCAUGAGCUUUUUGGGAAGCAGCUGCUUGAGCAGGGAGUGAUGGACCACGAAACCAUGGAGGAACAGAAACGUCAGCUCAACUACGAGCUCAAUACCUCUGGGAAAUAUUUUGCUUUUAAGGAACAGCUUAAGUAUUCUGUGGUGAAGAUUGUGAGGGAGAAAUACCUGAAGACCACGGCGUUUGAGACCAAGGAGCAGCUGCAGGCAUUCCUCAGUGAGCUCUAUGUGUACCUCGUGGACCACAUGCACAUGGCCCUGAACAAGCUCCUGUCUGGGGAAGAUGUUUCUCCUGCUCCUCCACCCAACUCAACCAGCAAGCAGCUCCUGCUCUUUGCUCGUGAAGCUGAAGCCAUCAAGGACCUCAAACUGGCCUCUCUGUUCUACAAUCAGAGAAUAGCUCGGGACCAGCGCAGCAUCCAGGCCUGGCUGGACUAUGGAGCCUUCUGCCUCCUGUAUGAGGAUGCCACCAAAGCCCAGGAGUGCUUCCAGCAGGCUGUUUGUCUGGACCCCCAGCACGUCCAAAGCUUGCUGCUCUGUGGCAUUGCGUGUGUCAAGCUGCGGACCUAUGAAGAGGCAGAGAUUUUCUUUGAGGAUGCCUGCUCCUUGGAGCCUCCCAGCAUCAUAGCCUGGACCCUCACAGGUUUGUUUUAUGAGAUGCAGAAUAAUUACAUUCAGGCAGAAAGGAGCUUCCGUGAGGCUAAGAAGCUCCUGAGAGCCGAGCUUGAGGAGGAGAGGAGAAUCCUUGAGGCUGCUGAGGCAGAAGGGAAAAAGCCCACUCCUCCCAGCUCACAGCCAGCAGAGGAGAUUCCAGAUGGCUCACCUGACAAACCACCAGAGGUCGAGGAAGGUGAGACACCCAAGGAAGAGGCUCCAGCAGUGCAGGAAGCCCCACAAGCUCCAGAACCUGAGCCACCUCCCUGCACAAUCUUCAUGAAGUCAGUGGAAUUCCUGAUGCAAUUCAACUCUGUGCGGUUUGUUCACAAGGCACUGGCCCACGAGCUGCUGAGCCUGCAGGGAGGCCCCACCUGUGCCUAUUACCUGGCCCUGGGCUGGACCUACCAGCUGCGGGAGGACCUGCCCCGAUGGGAGGAGUGUCUGCGCGAGGCCGUGCGCAUCGAGCCCCUGAAUCCAAAUGUCUGGGCUCAGAAAGGGCACCUGUGCUACCAGCAGAAGGACUUUGACAAAGCAAAGGAUUGCUACGAGCGGGUGAUCAGCUUUGAGGAGGAUGCUGCAGAUAUGCACUUCGUGUACCUGCGCCUGGGCUCCAUCUACCUGGAUGAGAAAAAGUAUGCCCGGGCCAAGCACAUCUUCCUGCUCGCCUGUGACAACUCUGCCUCCUGCCUCACCUGGCUGGGCGUGGGCAUCGCCUGCUACAGGCUGGAAGAGAUGCUGGAAGCAGAAGAUGCUCUUUCUGAAGCCAAUGCCCUGAAUAACACCAACCCUGAGGUGUGGGGGUAUCUCGCCCUCAUCUGCCUGCAG